AUGACCAUGAGCCUCGACAUCGACAAGGGCGUCUCGGCGUCCUGCGACUCGGAGGGCCGCUCGACGCUGGUCUCCCCGGUGGUUGCGCUGGAGGACGCGUCAGGGGCUGCGGCAAGCCCUCCCAAGGUGGUGACCGGCAGUGGCGGCGGCGUGUUGAAGCUUCAGAAGAAGACGGCGGGCCGCAAACCACCUGUGGUGGCGCCAGCGGGCACCCCCGCGGUCCGUGCGAGCGUGCCGGUCCAGAGGCCGGUGGUGAUGGCACUGGCCUCUCCAGGGGGGCCGGCAGGGGACACCCCAUCGGUCAUCUCCCCCCCACCUCCGGACGCUCUUCGGGUGGAGGUGGCCAAGGUGGCGCCCAUCCCCACGGCCAGGCGGUCCAAGGCGGUGGCGUCCGCGCCGACUCAAGAGAGGAUGAGCUCCCGUCCGAAGGGCGCCAAGGGCAACAUACCGUCCCUCCAACGGGCCCAGCUCCUCCAGGCGCAGAAGAACCUCGAAAUCGAAGCAAUGGGCAUCGCUGGGAAGACAACAGGACUCUGAUCUCCACUGCCAAGCUAUCUGUCGUCUCCAUGCCGUCUACUCCGAGGCUCGAGCUCCGUCGCCUGCUCAACUGGUUUUGGGCCAUUCUCCGCCAUGUAACGCAACUUUGCGCUCAUUUAGCGGCCUAUCCUCUUAACUGUCGUGUUAGUUUAUGUUGUUUUGUUCGGUCGUUGUGCUAC